UCAAAACACACACCACGGAGGGACACGAACACACGCCGCACAAACAGGCAAUCCCAAAUUGGGGCUCAGCUUUAGCAAGAAAUUACCUCGGUUCUUUUUUCUCUAACUUUUUUAAGUAGGGGAGGGUGGGAUUCAAGAAGCGAGAGGGACGGAUUAGAGCCCACGAUAAGCUAUCAUUUCUUCUGGCCAGUCCUCCAAAUAGCAUUUCUCAGUCACUCUUUGUAUAAAAGGUGAUGAUGGAUUGUAGGCUUCUGUGUUUCAACAAGAGCAGUGGUUUAUUUUGUACUAGUAAUUUUGGACUAUUUGAUGCCCAUCGAAGUAGAAUUACUAAACCAACUUUUUAUCUACCAAAAUCAGGAUCAUUUUUCCACACUGUGAAGUGCUCAAUGAGGUCUUAUAGAUUAUCAGACCUUAAUCAGUCAGAGGUUGAUAAUUUAAAAGCUCGUCCCCGUAUUGAUUUCUCUUCAAUUUUCAGUGUGGUUCAGCCCAUUGUUGAUGAUGUGCGUGGUCGAGGGGAUGCUGCUGUUAAAGAAUAUACUGCACGGUUUGACAAAGUUGAAUUGGACAAUAUAGUUGAGGAUAUUAAUGAGCUCCCAGAUCCAGAGCUUGAGGAGGCUGUUCAAGAAGCAUUUGAUGUGGCUUAUAAUAACAUAUUUGCCUUUCACGCUGCACAAAAGCCAGGUGAAAAAAUCAUUGAGAAUAUGACUGGUGUCAGGUGUAAACGUGUAGCAAGGAGCAUUGCUUCUGUGGGUCUUUAUGUUCCUGGAGGAACUGCUGUGUUGCCUUCAACAGCGUUGAUGCUUUCAGUUCCUGCUCAAAUUGCUGGGUGCAAAACUGUUGUACUUGCAACUCCCCCUGCUCGGGAUGGAAGCAUUUGUAAGGAAGUGCUGUAUUGUGCUAAAAAAGCUGGUGUUACACACAUUCUUAAAGCUGGAGGCGCUCAGGCAAUUUCCGCAAUGGCUUGGGGGACAGAAUCUUGUCCCAAGGUUGAGAAGAUAUAUGGGCCUGGAAAUCAGUAUGUCACAGCUGCAAAAAUGAUUCUGCAGAACAGUGAGGCUAUGGUAUCUAUUGACAUGCCUGCUGGACCAUCUGAAGUGCUUGUUAUUGCUGACAAACACGCAAGUCCUGUCCAUAUAGCGUCUGAUUUACUUUCCCAGGCUGAACACGGCCCUGAUAGCCAGGUUGUUCUGGUACUUGCUGGGGAUGGCAUUAAUUUAGAUGUGAUUCAUGAGGAAAUCUACAAACAAUGCCAAAGCCUUCCUAGAGGGGAGUUUGCUUCAAAAGCACUCAGCCACAGCUUCACAGUAUUAGCACGCAAUAUGGUUGAGGCCAUAAAUUUCUCAAACAUGUAUGCGCCUGAACAUCUGAUCAUCAAUGUGGAAGAUGCUGAGAAGUGGGAAAGUUUCAUCGAGAAUGCAGGAUCUGUAUUUUUAGGGCAGUGGGCUCCUGAGAGUGUUGGAGAUUAUGCAAGUGGAACAAACCAUGUACUUCCCACUUAUGGCUAUGCAAGGAUGUAUGGUGGUGUCUCUUUAGACUCCUUCCUAAAGUACAUUACGGUGCAGUCUUUAACAGAAGAAGGCCUGAGGAAUCUUGGUCCUUAUGUGGCCACCAUGGCUGAUGUUGAGGGGCUGGAAGCACACAAAAGAGCUGUAACCCUCAGGCUACAGGACAUAGAAGCAAGACAAACAUCUAAUUGGAGAUAAAAUAUCACGAGCAUGCCCCUGUUGCUGUUGUAUCAAUUGAACCCAUUUUGAUUUUCCUACCGCGUAUUAGUGCUAGCAAUUGGUUUUGCAUAUUGUUCCUGGAUCUUUAGCCUCGGUGUUGGGUGUGGAACUGUUUUCUUGUCUGUUAGCAUUUGUAAACCUUAGAAAAUGGACUGUUGUUCUAUGUUUAAGAAAAUUUUGUAGGCAUGGCAUAUUCAACAGAUUCAGCUGUGGUCUUUUCCAUGAAGAUAUAGAAUUUGUCAUCCUGAGGAAAUUAUCUUCUUUA